GCUUCCUUCAUUCAUCGGCAGGGCGGUGUGAGGGUUGAUCGGUGUCGGCAGCUCGACCCUUGAACAAACUGCAGCGUUUCUGUCCACAAGCGCAGGCUUUCCUUUACACAGCGGGCGGACGCGGUGUGGAUAUGGCCGACGAAGUCAUCCAAAUCACGCACAACAUGUCUCUGAGGGAGGUGUACGUGUCUGAUAAACAUGGCAGUGAUGAGAGCGGAGAUGGGACGGAACACAAGCCGUUCAAAACUCCCUUAAAGGCUCUGCUGUUUGCUGGUAAAGAACCAUGGCCAACUAUCUACGUGGAUGCCCAGAAAGAUGGAGAGCGGUGGGCUGUGAUCUCCAAAACCCAGAUGAAGAAUACGAAAAAGCUCUUCCACAGGGGGCAGCAGAAGACUGAUGCUAAAGACAUGAAGGAGGCAGAAGAUGCAGAGAGGAGAGAGAAGAAUCUGGAGGAUGCCAAGAAGAUUGUUAUUGAGAACAACCCCAGCCUACCAGAUCCCCAGACUGCUAAGAUCUACCAGCUGGAGGCUCUUCGGGGGAAGAGAGUGAAGGUGUUUGGUUGGGUCCACAGGUUACGGCGCCAAGGGAAGAACCUCCUGUUCAUCGUGUUGAGAGAUGGAACUGGUUUCCUACAGUGUGUCCUCACUGAUAAUCUGUGUCAGUGCUAUAAUGGACUGGUGCUGUCCACAGAGAGUACAGUGGCUCUGUAUGGGACCAUCAAGACAGUCCCCAAGGGGAAGCAGGCACCUGGAGGGCAUGAGCUGCACUGUGAUUUCUGGGAGCUGAUCGGCCUGGCUCCAGCAGGGGGCGCUGACAACCUGGUGAACGAGGAGUCUGACGUGGACGUGCAGCUGAACAACAGGCACAUGAUGAUCCGUGGCGAGAACGUCUCCAAGAUCCUGCGUGUGCGCUCCACCCUGACGCAGUGCUUCAGGGAUCACUUCUUCAGCCGUGGCUACUAUGAGAUCACCCCGCCCACGCUGGUGCAGACACAGGUGGAGGGCGGCUCCACCCUCUUCAGCCUGAACUACUUUGGUGAGCAGGCGUACCUGACCCAGUCGUCCCAGCUCUACCUGGAGACCUGCAUCCCCGCACUUGGAGACACCUUUUGUAUCGCCCAGUCGUACCGCGCAGAGCAGUCCCGCACACGCAGACACCUGUCAGAGUACACACACAUCGAGGCGGAGUGCCCCUUCAUGACCUUUGAGGACCUGCUGUCCAGGCUCGAGGACCUGGUGUGUGACGUGGUGGACCGCGUUCUCAAAUCCCCCAUCGCCCCCCUGCUCUACGACCUCAACCCCAACUUCAAGCCCCCGACGAGGCCGUUUAAGAGGAUGAACUACACGGAGGCCAUCGACUGGCUGAAGGAACACGACGUCCGGAAGGACGAUGGAACCCACUAUGAGUUUGGGGAGGAUAUCCCAGAAGCCCCUGAGAGGCUGAUGACGGACACCAUUAACGAGACCAUCCUGUUGUGCCGUUUCCCCGCUGAGAUCAAGUCCUUCUACAUGCAGCGUUGCCCUGACGACCGCCGCCUCACCGAGUCGGUUGAUGUGCUGAUGCCCAAUGUUGGGGAGAUCGUGGGGGGCUCCAUGCGUAUCUGGGAUGCUGAGGAGCUCCUGGAGGGUUACAAGAGAGAAGGCAUUGACCCCACCCCCUACUACUGGUACACUGACCAGAGGAAGUAUGGGACGUGUCCACAUGGAGGUUAUGGUCUGGGUCUGGAGCGUUUCCUCACCUGGCUACUCAACCGUAACCACAUCCGUGAUGUGUGCCUCUACCCACGCUUUAUCCAGCGCUGCAGACCCUGAACACACACGCACACCCACCUCCCUCCUGCCACAUCCAAUCUGCCUGUGCUGUUCUGCAAGACCUCACAAGCAAGACAGAUUAUUUACUACAGCAACAGUACUAACAGUUAUCAGACCACAGUAUGAAGCAUUGAACUAUACUAUAUGAAUACUGUGUAGACACGGUGAGACAGUUUCUGUGGAGUAAUAAAGACGUGAUGGUUGUGUGUGUCA